GAUUCCGCCUCCACGCCAUUGUGAUUGAUUGAAUUGCAGCCAGAUAAUAAUAAAAUUAAAACCCCAGAACGACCAUUAUCUCUCCUGUUUAAGUCGCCAACAUGGACCCAUUCUCGGCAGAAGGUGAGCUCAUCAACAUCCACAAUGCCUACCACCAAGGCCAGUACCAGGAGGUGAUCGACUUUGACACCUCGGCCCUCUCAUCGGAAAACCACCUCCCCGCCCGAGUUCUCCAGCUCCGCGCCCGAAUCGCCCUGGGCCAAACGGACCAGGUGCUCGCCGACGUCGAAGGCGAAGAGGAAACCCCCGACCUUGCCGCAGUGAAGGCGCUGGCGCAGCACACGGCCGGAGACGAGGAAUCGGCGCAGCAACUCGCUCAGGAUCUGGUGGAGAAUUACCCGGACAAUGGCAUUGUGCAGGUUCUAGGUGGGACGUUGUUGCAGGCUCAGGGGAAGAGCGAUGAGGCUUUGGCUGUGUUGGCGAAGCACCAGGGGAAUCUGGAGGCUGUUGCUUUGAUUGUCCAGAUUCAUCUGCAACAGAACCGGACCGAUUUGGCUCUGAAGGAGGUUCAGGCUGCGAAGCGCUGGGCUCAGGAUUCGCUCCUUGUUAACCUGGCCGAGUCGUGGGCUGGAAUGAGAGUUGGCGGCGAGAAAUACCAAUCCGCAUUCUACGUUUACGAGGAACUUGCCUCCGCUCCUAGCACAUCCGCUGCGUUUUCGAUUGUCGGACAAGCUAUCGCAGAGAUUCACCUUGGUCGGUUGCCCGAGGCCGAAGCUGCUUUGUCUGCGGCUUUGGAGAAAUACCCCGAUGAGGUCGAGUUGAUUGCCAACACUAUUGUAUUGAAUGUGCUGGCUGGCAAGCCUACCGAGGAAUUGGAGUCACGUCUACAGCAAGUCCAGUCAUCGCAUGCCCUCUUGGUCGAUAUCCAAGAGAAAAGCGAAUUCUUCGAUACCGCUGCGGCAAAGUAUUCCCCGAGGGUUUCGUCUUAA